AUGGAAAAGGAGAAUGUAUCAUUGCUGACAGAAUUUGUUCUCACAGGACUUGCACAUCCACCACAGUGGAAAAUUCCUCUGUUCCUGGUGUUUUUCGUGAUCUAUAUCAUGACUCUUGUGGGGAACCUUGGUCUCAUCGCUCUCAUCUGGAAUGACCCACACUUGCACAUCCCCAUGUACUUAUUUCUCGGGAGCUUAGCCAUUGUGGACACUUGGUUAUCAUCCACAGUGACACCAAAGAUGCUGGUCAGUUUCUUAGCUGAGAAUACGCUGAUGGCUCUGUCUGAGUGCAUGGCACAAUGUUUUUCCUUUAUAGUCAGUGCAACUACAGAAUGCUUUCUCUUAGCAGCAAUGUCCUAUGAUCGCUAUGCAGCCAUAUGCAAACCUUUACUCUACCCUGUAAUAAUGACGAAUAGACUGUGCAUCCAUCUGUUAGUCUUGUCCUUUGUAGGUGGACUUCUUCAUGCUUUAAUUCACAAUGGUUUUUUAUUCAGAUUAACGUUCUGUAAAUCCAAUAUCAUACAUCACUUUUAUUGUGACCUCAUCCCACUCUUUAAGAUUUCCUGUACUGACCCAUCUUUUAAUUUUCUAAUGGUUUUUAUUUUCUCUGGUUCAAUUCAGCUAUUCACUAUUUUGACUAUCCUUGUGUCUUACACACUUAUUAUCUUUACAAUCCUAAAAAGUAAGUCUGUCAAAGGCAUAAGGAAAGCCCUCUCCACCUGUGGAGCCCAUUUCUCAUCUGUGACUCUGUACUAUGGCCCUCUUCUCUUCAUGUAUGUGCGCCCUGCGUCUCCGCAAGUAGACAGUCAAGACAUGAUGGUUUCUCUCUUUUAUACUGUCAUAAUCCCUGUGUUAAACCCAAUUAUCUAUAGUCUGAGAAAUAAGCAAGUUCAAGAUUCAGUGGAAAAAACAAUAAAAGUGACUAUCUUUCUCAUUUGGAUUUAUGGCCUACCUAUGACAGAAUGUUACUGA